AAGCGCACUUGCGCCGGCGGCGUGGUGUGGCCCUCGUAGGAAAGCCGCGAGCUUACGUCGGUGGCGUAGCGCUGGUGGCCGGGCCGGCCGGAGUGGUGAGGGGAGGCGGCGCGAGGGGAGCCGGGCCGGGGGCCGCCAUGGGCAGGCGGCCGCGGGGCAGCGGCUGCGCGGCCCGGCGCUGAGCGCCCGCCCAGCCUACUAUAAGGAGAGUUUGCUCCUUGAGGAGAGGAAUUCGACUGGAUCUUGAAAAACUUGGCUUCUUUGGUUCCAAAAAGAUGACAGAGAACUUCACCAUGUGUCCAGGAAGAUUCCCCAGUGCCCAUGCAGUCUGUAUUCUGGUGGAAGGUUGGUGACGGUCUCUUCUCCCAGCUGGGAGACAUUGGAGCCGUGCUGGGAGGACCCUCUCCGCAGGAUGUUCCCUCCACCAAAGAGCUCCCUGUAACAGGCGAUGAUGACAAUCCUGGCAGGACCUUGGAAAGCACUAACGUUUCAGUAGCCCAGCACCCGUGGGUGGCCGCUUAUCCCUCCUUCUCCACACCCCGCCCUCCCGCCGCUCAUCGUGAUGCUGUAUUAACCAAGAAGAGCCCUGCUUCUUUUGUCCUCACCCCUCCAUUUUCGGCAGCUCUGGGAUUUGUAUGGCAGCAGCGUAACCGUGGAGAGGCCGGGGUAUCACAAACUUAUGGAUUUUGAUAAGAGAGGAGGGAAAGGAGAGCUGGAGGAAGGUAAAAGGAUGUCCAAGACAGGUGGAGGAAGGAGCAGUCAUGGAAGCCGGAGUGCUGGAACCAACUCGGGUGUCUUAAUGGUGGGUCCCAACUUCCGUGUCGGCAAGAAGAUCGGAUGCGGCAAUUUUGGAGAGCUCCGUCUAGGAAAGAACCUCUACACGAAUGAAUACGUAGCUAUCAAAUUGGAACCUAUAAAAUCCCGAGCCCCCCAGCUGCACCUGGAGUAUCGGUUCUACAAACAGCUCGGCAAUGCAGAAGGAAUUCCUCAGGUUUACUACUUUGGCCCCUGCGGGAAGUAUAACGCCAUGGUGUUAGAGCUGCUAGGACCCAGUCUAGAAGAUCUCUUUGAUCUGUGCGAUCGGACCUUCACGCUCAAGACUGUCCUCAUGAUCGCGAUCCAGCUGAUCACACGGAUGGAGUACGUCCACACCAAAAGCCUGAUCUACAGAGACGUCAAGCCAGAGAACUUUCUGGUGGGGCGGCCGGGCAGCAAGCGGCAGCACACCAUCCACAUCAUCGAUUUUGGCCUGGCCAAAGAGUAUAUUGAUCCCGAGACCAAAAAACACAUCCCCUACCGAGAGCACAAGAGCCUGACAGGAACAGCGCGCUACAUGAGCAUCAACACCCACCUUGGGAAAGAACAAAGCCGCAGGGACGACCUGGAAGCAUUAGGGCACAUGUUUAUGUACUUCCUCCGUGGGAGCCUUCCUUGGCAAGGCCUGAAGGCUGACACGCUAAAGGAGAGGUAUCAGAAGAUCGGCGACACCAAAAGAGCCACUCCCGUGGAGGUGCUCUGUGAGAACUUCCCAGAGGAGAUGGCCACGUACUUGCGCUACGUGCGGCGGCUGGAUUUCUUCGAGAAGCCGGACUACGACUACCUGCGGAAGCUCUUCACAGACUUGUUCGAGAGGAACGGCUACGUGUUCGACUACGAAUACGACUGGGCAGGGAAACCACUCCCCACCCCCAUCGGCACGAUGCACAGCGAAGUGCAGGUGCAGCCCCCGAACAGAGACAAAGCACAGCCACACACCAAACACCAGGUGAUGAGCUCCACCAACGGCGAGCUGAACACGGACGACCCGACCGCAGGACAUUCGAACGCCCCCAUCACCGCCCCCACCGAGGUGGAGGUGACAGACGAUACAAAGUGCUGCUGUUUCUUCAAGAGAAGGAAGAGGAAAACCACCAAGCGUCGCAAGUGAGCUGCCGGGCCGGGUGGAGCGGCGUGCGCGAUGGCUCCUCUCCCUCCGGCCGUGGCUGGAUCUUGACCUGCGGAGCCGGCGGCAGCCCCCUCGGAUGGGCCGGGGCCGGGGGGGGGAGGCCGAGCCGGACAGCCUCUCCCAGCGCCCCACGCGCGCAGGCGGGGAGCAGGGCCUCCCCAAACUGCUUGUCCUUCCCUCCGCCACUUGCCCAGCGCGUGGCCGUGACUCAAACCAAGCCCAACUUCGCCGAAGUUCCUGCGUCUGUCAAAAAGAGCAAAAAAAAAAAAAAAAAACCAUAAAAAAGAAAAAAAAACAAACGGAACCCAAUCCGCAGCGUCACUUGCUUGUGAGUCUAACCAGUCCGAAACUGGGGGAUCAACUCUACAGACUCUGACCCAUCGCUGUCAGAAGAAGCAGAAGACAAUUGGGAGAGCAGUGGGCUGAGGAGGAAUCUUAUUUUUUUUUUUCUGUUGCUUCUUUGUCUCUUAAGUUAAUUUAAAGUGAGUCUCGGUGCAGUACUGAGUCCUCAGUCUUUGCCCGUCAGCCUCAGUGUGACCGAAUUCUGCUCUUCCUUUCAGCCCCAUCGGGUCCCCCCCGUCGUUAACGGCUCUGAUGGGGAGCGGUGCAGCCUCCGGACGUGCUGGUGUGAGGGGAGGAGAUGCGUUUCCAGAGUUCGUAUGUUCCCAUGCAUUUUCAGUAGCGACACAGGCGCUGGUUGGUCUCACCAGGAACAGGUUGAGGACUCCCAGGGCAGGGGGACGCGGGGACAGGGGCACCAGGAUGCGCCGGGGGACCCAUGGAGGGAGGCAGCGCAGCCUCCUCCAGCACCGCGCUGGCCUAGGGCUGGAUGUUUCCACCUCAGCUUUAGGGAUCGGCAGGGCCAGCGUUUGUUUGGCCCCUCUGGAUUUACGGAUCGCGAGCUUUGUGUCCGAGCCCCUGGGCCGGGAGGCACACGGGGAGUGCGGUUGGACAGUGUUGGGGUGGAGCGGAGCUGAGGCCGUGGCCUCGUCCCAUGGCAUCGUCUUGUGGCUUCUUCCUGUGGCUUUUUCCCACCUGUGCUGGGGCCGGGCCUGAUCCUGGGGCGGGAAAUGGGGGGUUUUUUUUGUAGCUUAAUCACAACCACAGAGACACAGACACAGACACAGCGCCCUACAGCCCCCGUUCUCCCCUGGGCACCACAGCUUUCCCACAUCACUUUACCCCCUGCGCUGCUGUGUGUACGGAUCACAACACAUUGGGGGGAGGGGGCGGGCAUCACACUUUUAUCUUUACCAAAAUCCUGUUGUUCAGCCCCGAAACGGCGGGGACUGAGGCUUUGGAAGAGGGUGGGACCGUCUGUGGCUGCUUUGAACCAUUGCUCUGAACUGCCCAGCUCUGGGGGGCGCAGGGAGCUCAUCCCUCUCUGCACCCCUGGGCCGUGGCUGCGCCCGGGGCACCGCACCCCCUGCCCUCCUUCAUCCUAAACUCGGGACUGAGCCCGGCUUUGGCUUCUCCUGGGGCUCAGCGAGGCAGGAGGGGCCGGGGCAGCCCCAGCCGUGCCCCCCGUGCGCUCUUUGCCCCUUGGUUCCCCAAGGAGGCAACAGCAAAAUGUUAAAAAUCGCCUUAAAUUCCCCCUGGAAGCGGCUCUCAAGUGCAGCCCAGACCGAGGUCACGGAGCCGCGGUGGGAAGGGCUGUGGGCACAGGCUCCAUCCGCCCCAGACACCCCUUCCAGCAAGGAGGCCAAACCCUGCGCUUGUACGUGAGGGCGUUUGUUCCAUUGCAAGUUCAGUUACUGCUUUAAACAACGUGUACAGAACCAGCAUUUCCAUUGCUCCGACGCUUCCUGGAAGCCAUAGGAUUU